ACGAGUUGGACUUGCCCAAUCCGGGAGAUCAGAAUGCUGCUCCUCUGCCACAUUCUAGCUGUCACCAUCCUUCAGAUCUUGAUCUUCUCAGAAAACUGGGCGUUUGCCAAGAACAUUAACUUCUACAAUGUGAGGCCCCCCCUUGACCCCACACCAUUUCCAAACAGCUUCAAGUGUUUUACUUGUGAAAAUGCAGGGGAUAAUUAUAAUUGCAAUCGAUGGGCAGAAGACAAGUGGUGUCCACAGGACACACAGUAUUGUUUGACAGUUCAUCACUUCACCAGCCAUGGAAGAAGUACAUCCAUCACUAAAAAAUGUGCCUCUAAAAAUGAAUGCCAUUUUGUUGGCUGCCGUCACAGCCGAGACUCGGAACACACGGAGUGCAGGUCUUGCUGUGAAGGAAUGAUCUGCAAUGUAGAGUUGCCUACCAACCACACAAACGCAGUCUUCGCUGUAAUGCACGCACAGAGGACAUCUGGCAGUAGUGUCCCCACGCUCUAUCUCCCAGUGCUGGCUUGGCUCUUCGUGCUUCUCUUGCUAUGA